UCGGGCAUGCUGCAGAGUUCGAGUUCUGUAAAACUGCUAUUUUGACAGCAAUUCCGUAACAUAUUUGUUACGUAUCAAAGGGAGGAUAAAGUUUCGGGGCAGAAAAAUUCACAGGGUACAGGGCCAUUAAUUAACUUAAGCCACAAUGGGGAUUCUCGAAAAAAUAGCAGAAAUAGAGAGAGAAAUCUCUCGGACUCAGAAGAACAAAGCGACUGAAUACCACCUGGGUCUUCUAAAAGCCAAACUAGCUAAAUAUAGAGCUCAGCUCUUGGAACCCUCAAAAUCAGCUGGAGCCAAAGGGGAAGGCUUUGAUGUGAUGAAAUCUGGCGAUGCCAGGGUUGCUCUUAUUGGCUUUCCAUCAGUCGGAAAGUCUACUUUUCUCAGCUUAAUGACAUCAACCGAGAGUGAGGCGGCCUCGUACGAGUUCACCACGUUGACCUGUAUCCCAGGAGUCAUCGAGUACAAAGGAGCCAACAUUCAGCUGUUGGAUCUGCCAGGAAUUAUUGAGGGUGCUGCCCAAGGAAAAGGCAGAGGUAGACAGGUCAUAGCUGUGGCAAGAACGGCAGAUGUGGUUAUCAUGAUGCUGGAUGCAACCAAAGGGGAUGUUCAGAGGGAGCUUCUAGAAAAAGAAUUGGAAUCUGUUGGAAUCAGACUAAACCGAUGCAAACCAAAUAUCUACUUCAAGCCCAAGAAAGGCGGUGGACUCUCCUACAACUCAACUGUUCCUCUGACACAUUGCUCUGAGAAGCUUGUGCAGCUCAUUCUUCAUGAGUACAAAAUCUUCAAUGCAGAGGUUUUGUUCAGAGAAGACAGCACUCCAGAUGAAUUCAUUGAUGUCAUUGUGGGAAACAGAGUUUACAUGCCUUGUCUAUAUGUGUAUAACAAAGUUGACCAGAUCUCGAUCGAGGAGGUGGACCGCCUUGCCCGCAGGCCGAACAGUGUGGUAAUCAGCUGCGGAAUGAAGUUGAAUCUUGACUACCUCUUGGAGCAGCUUUGGGAAUACCUGGCUCUGAUCUGCAUUUACACCAAGAAGAGGGGAGAGCGUCCAGAUUUCGGCGACCCCAUCAUCAUGAGGAGAGGAGCGUCAGUAGAACAUGUGUGUCACAGAAUUCACAGAACAUUAGCAAGCCAGUUCAAGUAUGCACUUGUUUGGGGAACAAGCACAAAGUACAGCCCCCAGAGGGUGGGGCUUACCCACAUCAUGGAGCACGAGGAUGUCAUACAGAUCGUGAAGAAAUAAAAACCGUCAUGUCACUUUGUUUUAUGAACAGGACAUUUCACCACAUCUACACCCUCAAGGACUUCUGUUCAGUAAUACGUAACUUUAUCUUGUCAAAAACAAAAAGAUCAGCUCCAUCAGAGACAGUAGAAUGAGUCAUUCUUGUUUAUGUCAAAUCAUUUAUGAAACUUAUCUGGUUAUCAUAGAGAAACGAGGAAGAUCCUAAAUAUUAUCUUUGACAUGUAAAUUGCAUUGAGACAAAACUGUCCACCAAUAAAUCAAAAUACCUCUGAUUUCUUAUUUUCACAAAAUGAAUUGCUAUAACGUUAGCAGCGAUAUUUUUCUUUUUUUUUUUGCUGGAUAUCAAGCCACCUGAAAAUACAUGCCUAAACAUUUUGAAACUUAAAGCAAUAAAGUGGAUGUUCCGUU